CCCCAGCCAUAGUAUUUCGUGACGCCCCCCAGUCCAGAAUCCCAAUUAUUGUAAAUCCAAAUCCAGCUCCUUAUUAUCCAUUUAUACGUCCUAAUCCUUACCUAUUUCCACCUUUCCAUCCUUACCACCGUCAAGUACAUACGUAUUUUUAACCAACAUUAUUAUUACCCUGUCCAUAUUUAUCAAACCAUAUUUUCAUUACCCUCCUUUACGAUCAAUCUCCCCGGAGGAGUAGCGACUGAUUUUUCAUAGUACCGGUCAUAUCAACUUUCCUUUUUAGUGCACGAGCCCUAAAUUCCAUCUAGGCAUAGCUGGUACCACCCUUCAAGAUGGGACUCUCGAAGUUCCUUACGGCUUCUAUCUUGGCACUCCGCCUUUUCUCCGGUCUCGCGGAGGCUGCCCAAUCUCCAGGUGUACAACUCGAUGUGCACCUCGACGCCCAGCAAGAUGCGGGCUCUAACUAUUGGGUCUCCAACAUAAAGCGCCAGGGAGUCGCGGCAUUUGGUGAUUCUAACCUCAAGAUCUUCCGUAACGUCAAGGAUUAUGGCGCCAAGGGAGACGGCACGACGGAUGACACCGAUGCAAUCAACAAGGCUGUCCAAGAUGGCCCUGGCCGAUGUAUCGAGCACUGUGAUUCCCGAACUACUGCACCCGCUCUCGUAUAUUUCCCUCCCGGUGUCUACAUGGUGAGCAAGCCGAUCAUCCAGACAUACUAUACCCAGUUUGUUGGUGACGCAAACGACAUUCCUACUCUGAAGGCGAUGGCGAGCUUUGAUGGCAUGGCCGUUAUCGAUGCGAACCCCUACAAUUAUUCUACCGGUAUCGUUCCGCCUCCCGACCCACCCCCGAACUGGUACGUCAACCAGAACAAUUUCUUCCGCCAGGUUCGCAACUUCAUUAUCGAUGUCUCCGAAGCGGCACCCGACAAAGGUACUGGUAUUCACUGGCAAGUCGCCCAAGCCACUAGCCUGCAGAACAUUGUCUUCGAGAUGAGCCGCGACACCAGUAGCAAGAACCAGCACAAGGGGUUGUACAUUGAGAACGGAUCCGGUGGAUUUAUGGCUGACCUUACGUUUAACGGUGGUGGUAUCGGCGCCGACUUCGGUAGCCAGCAAUAUACUACCCGUAACCUGACGUUCAACAACUGCAACACAGCUAUCCAUCUGAACUGGAACUGGGUCUGGUUGAUGCACGGUGUUACUAUCAACGGUGGAAAAGUCGGUAUUGAUAUGACGGGCAGCGAUAUGACCAACAUCCAAGUUGGCUCAUUGCUACUUAUCGAUAGCAAGAUCUCAAACGUUGAAGUUGGUAUUAGCACUCUGUACAACACUGAACUUUUGGUUACCAACAACACUCUGGUUCUGGAUAACGUGGACAUGACCGAAGCUGUUCCCGUCGCCAUCAAGUAUGCGAAGGAUAAUAGCACUAUACUUGAGGGAAACCAGAAGAUUGUUGGUUUCGCACAGGGUCGUCAAUACACAGGGACCAGCGGCAAGGCGGUUCAGACGGCUAAAGAAAGCAUUCACAAGCCUGAUGUCCUUCUUGACGGCGCGGGCAAGAUCUAUACGCGUGUGAAGCCUCAGUACGAGACCAUUUCGUCUACUAAAUUCGUUAGCGUAAAGACGGCCGGCGCCAAAGGCGAUGGCAAAACCGAUGACACUGAAGCGAUCCAGAAAGUCCUUGACAACGCCAAAGAGGGGGACAUUGUCUACUUCGACCACGGUGCAUACAUAAUCUCCGACACCGUUAAGAUCCCUAAGAACAUCAAGAUCACUGGAGAGAUGUGGCCGCUUCUCAUGGCAACAGGCAAAAAGUUUACCGACGCAAGCAAGCCUGUACCUGUCCUUCAGGUCGGUGAAGCUGGCGAUGUUGGUAGCGUUGAGAUGUCUGAUCUCGUCAUUGAGACCAAGGGUUCUCUACCUGGUGCUAUCCUCAUGCAGUGGAACUUGGCUGGAUCUGAAAACGGUGCAGCAGGCAUGUGGGAUGUACACUUCCGUAUUGGUGGAUCCGCUGGUACCGAGCUACAGUCUGACAAGUGUAGCAAGAAUGAGAACGUCACGACCACUGCCAACCCUGAGUGCAUGGGCGCGUUCAUGAUGCUUCAUCUCACAACGACAGCCUCGGCAUACAUCGAGAACUGUUGGUUCUGGGUUGCUGACCACGAGCUUGAUCUGGAGGAUCACAACCAGAUUAACAUUUUCAAUGGUCGUGGUGUCCUUGUCGAGUCGCAGAAGCCCGUCUGGUUGUGGGGCACUGCUUCCGAGCACAGCAUCUUAUACAACUACCAAUUUUCUAACGCGCAGAAUGUCUUCAUUGGGGUGGCUCAAUCUGAGACAGCCUACUUCCAGGGAAACCCUCCUGCUCCUGACGGCGCUAUGGUCCUUGAUGGUUUUUACGAUCCUGACUUCUCUCAGUCUUGUGACGGCUCUUCGAACACCUGUGCUCGUACUUGGGGUCUCCGUAUCACAAACUCGUCGGACAUCUAUGUUUACGGUACUGGCCUUUACAGCUUCUUCGACAACUAUGGCCAGAAGUGUGUGAACGAAAACAACUGCCAAGACAAUAUGAUCAGCAUCGAGGAGUCUGACCAAGUUCACCUAUUCGGUAUUAGCACCAAGGCCUCGGUAAACAUGAUCACUGUUGAUGGUCGAUCUGUCGCUCUUGAUAAGGACAACCGAAACAGUUUCUGUGCCGCUAUCGCUAAAUUCGAAGUUGACGUCGGAUCAGGAUCCCAGCCGGGAUCAAACAGCACUGGACCAGGCUCAUAUACUACUUCGGCGACAGGCUCGGCAUCGGCUUCGGCUUCGGAGACGGGAUCAUCUGGUACAGUUAUAACCUAUCCGACCUCUAGUGUAGGAUCGGGCUCAGAUUCGGGUUCAGGUUCAGCCUCAGCCUCAGCAUCGGGUUCGGGUUCGGGCUCUGGCCCAUCAAGCAGCGGUUCGUAUGGCGUUACCGAAACUCAGGCCACGCCUACCCAAACCCCCACACCAACAGGUAGUUACGUCCAACUUGGUGGAGGCUCGAGUACCGAGACCCAGCCUGCGGCACCUGAGACAACAUUGCCCAUCCCUUCCGAAACGCCUGGUGGUGAAGAGGAUGCCGUCACUGUGACAAUUACCGCGACGGUUACAGCGGCGGGAGCUUGCUCUCAGACGCCGUGAGGUGCGGUUACUGAGACACA